AUGGACCACUUGAAGGAAAAAUUCCACAAUACCAGUCUGCACGACGUAAAAGCAAAAGCGUCGCAUUUCAAAAGCAAGGUCGGCAAGAUCGAGAAUCUGUUCAACCCCAACCAUCGCCAUGACGAGGCCCACGAGCAAGAAACAGACCGCAAGCGCACUGCCAUUGCCGAAUCGCACCGAUUCCAGUCCUUUGCGCCAGAGCAUGAUGGAAACCGCGUAAAGUGGUAUGUCGAUGCGCAGGACUACCUGUGGGCAGUCUCGGUAGCGCUUGAUCGCGCCCAGGAGACUAUCUAUCUGGAAGACUGGUGGAUUUCGCCAGAGCUGUUCAUGCGUCGACCGCCGUUCUACAACCAGGAAUGGAGGCUGGAUCAGAUUCUCAAGCGCCGCGCCGAAGCCGGUGUACAAAUCUAUGUCAUUGUGUAUAAAGAAGUUGAACAAGCACUUACUUGCAAUUCUGCACAUACGAAAAAUGCUUUAAGAGACUUGUGUCCCGAAGGUACGAAGGGUGCUGGGAAUAUCCAUAUCCUGCGACACCCCGACCACAACAUGUUUGAGAAUAUGGGAGAUAUGACCUUCUACUGGGCACACCACGAAAAAUUUGCCAUAAUCGACCACUCUGUUGCGUUUAUCGGUGGCAUUGAUCUCUGUUUCGGUCGAUGGGACAACAACCAGCACCCGCUGUCUGACGUCCACCCUGCCGGUAUCCAGCACGAGGUUUUCCCAGGCCAAGACUUCAACAACAACCGUAUCAUGGACUUUCAGAGCGUGAAUGACUGGCAAAACAACGAACUCAACAAAACUGAUUACGGACGCAUGCCCUGGCACGAUGUUGCAAUGGGCCUGACAGGUGACUCUGUCUACGAUAUCGCCGAGCACUUUAUCCUCAGAUGGAACUGCGUGAAGCGAGACAAAUAUAAGCGAGAUAACAAAGUCGACUGGCUGAUGCUUGAAGGCCGUGAGGAAGAUAUUACUGCCGUUCAACGUCCAAAAUAUCCCUGCGGAGACUAUAUUCAGCAUCCAUUGACGCCCUUGAGCUCCAAGCCUCGUGGAGACCAGGGCACAGUUCAUGCACAAAUUGUUCGAAGCAGUGGAGACUGGUCAUCGGGGAUUUUGACGGAACACAGCAUCCAAAACGCAUACUCGGAGCUCAUUCGGAACGCUCAGCAUUAUGUCUACAUCGAAAAUCAGUUCUUUGUCACUGCAACCGGGGACCAGCAAAGCCCUGUCGAAAACACCAUCGGCCGUGCCAUAGUCGAUGCAGUAGUUCGUGCUAGCAAAGAAGGCAGAAAAUUCAGAGUAAUCAUACUCAUCCCAGCAAUUCCCGGAUUCGCUGGAGAUCUUCGCGAUAAUGCUGCCGCUGGUACUCGUGCGAUUAUGGACUACCAAUACAAGGGCAUUCUCCGUGGAGAGCACUCUAUCUUCGAACAAGUCAAAGCACAGGGUGUCGACCCAACAGAGUACAUAUUUUUCUUCAACCUGCGGUCAUAUGAUCGUAUUAACAAGACGGCAAAGCUAGUAGAGCAAGAAGAGUUGUCCGGUGUACGAUACCAAGACAUCCAGCGCGCUGAAGCCGAGGAAAUCAUGAGCGAGAGUAUCCAUCCUAGUGUCGGCAAAGAUGGUGAUCGCAAAGAAAAGGACUACUCUGACCAGAGCGCGGAUUCCUCAGAGGUGGAGAAGAGAGUAGACCAGCUACGACGGUUUGAAGCCCAGCGGGAGAAAGCCUACGGAGAACAAAAGGAAAUCAAAAGCAAAGACUCGAUUGCCGAAAAUGCUAUGCUCAACCAAAAGAAGGUCAGCGAAGAAGUAUGGGAGAAUGAAGACCCCGAAACGGAGAAGGAGAACUUCAUCCAGGAAGAGCUUUAUAUCCAUGGAAAGGUCUGCAUUGUCGAUGACCGGACUGUCAUCUGCGGUAGUGCCAAUAUCAACGAUCGGUCACAACUCGGCAACCGGGACAGCGAAAUAGCUAUUGUCCUGGACGACACCGAUAUGAUUGACAGCACCAUGAACGGUCAGCCAUAUCGCGCCUCUCGCCUCGCCGCAACUCUGCGCCGCCAUCUCUGGCGUGAGCAUCUCGGCUUGCUCCUGCCUCAAGAUCUAGAUGGCACUCACAAUCCUAAUGCCCAGCCACCCACCGACUGUCUCAACGCCGAUAACGAGGGGCCUGAAGACGUCUUCGUCAGCGAUCCCUUGGGAGAGGAACUGUGGGACACAUGGAAGAAGCAAGCCACCACCAAUACCGAGGUGUUCCGCUUUUUGUUCCGAGCAGACCCCGACGACAACAUCAAGACCUUUGAAGACUACGACCAGUUUGCCCCGAGAAAGGCGAUCAAACAGGGUCAUCUGCAUGAUCCAUUCCUGCCCGUGAACAUAGUUCGCUCUAAUCUAGACAAGAUCAAGGGCCAUCUUGUGUGGAUGCCGCUCGAUUUCUUGAAGGAUGCGGAAAUGGCAGAACCAGGGUUGUCUGUCAACCAAAUAACAGUGAGUGUCUAUACUUAG